ACAGUGGAUCAGGCAGUAUCUGUGGAGGGAAUGAACAGAUGACAUUUGUGGGGUUUGGAACCUUCAGAUUAAGUCUGCCUGACCCUGUGAGUUACUCCAGCACUGUUUUUGCUGAAGAUGCCAGCAUCUGUAGAUCCUUGUGCCUCUGUGUAUGCUUAGUGCACCAAGCCUUAUCUGUGAAAUGGAGGCAGUUUAUAAUUUGGCUAGAUGACCUGAUUAAGCCUGAAAUAUUAACUCUGAAUUAUUAUUAUUAUUAUUAUUUUUUUCAUGGUUUGAAUGGUUAUGCAUUUUCCUCUGAGACCAAGCUAUUAUAUUUGCGGGUUCUUCAAUUGUUAGAUGUAAUGUGGUAAAGAAAACAAUUAACCAAUAAAUGGUCCUCUAUUUAUUCCUUUAGACUGGUCCACCAGUGUCUAUUGUAAACCUACUGACUCUCACAACUAGCCAGAGACUAUUAUAAACCUACUGACUCCCACAACUAUUUAGACUACACUUCUUUCCACCCUGCCUCCUGCAAAGACUUUAUUCCCUACUCCGAAUUCCUCGGUCUACGUCGCAUCUGCGCCCAAGAUGAGCUGUUCCAUACCAGGACAUCCGAGAUGCCCUCGUUUAGGGAACAGGGGUACCCUCUUCCAUUAAAGAGGAGGCCCUCACAUGAGUCUCCUUGGUAUCCUGCAGCUCUGCUCUUGCAACUAGGACAAAGCCCCUAUUCCUUACCUUUCAACCCAUCAGCCAUCGCAUACAACACAUAAUCCUUUGAUCAUUUCGCUGAACACCUUCGCGCAAUCUGCCUGGGGCCCACGUGCUGUCCCAGUUGCCAAGCACUUUUAACUUCCCUUCCCAUUUUCAUAGACCUUUUUGUCCUAGGCUGCCUCCAUUGUCAGAGUGAGGCCACAUGCAAAUUGGAGGAACGGCACCUCAUAUUUCAUUUGGGCAGCCUACACCCAGUGAUACGAAUAUUGAUUUCUCUAACUUCAAGUAACCCAUGCACCCUCUCUCUGUGUUUCUCAUCCAUCCUAGUGGUUGUACUAGAUUCACAGUCCUGGUGAGUUUCAUUGUUUGUAUAACUCGUUGACCCCUACCCCACAGCCAACCGUUGCCUUUAUCAUCGUUACGUUUUUGCAUAUCUUUCAUUAUUUUGUUCUAUAUCACUGUCUAUAUCUCUCGCUUCCCUUUCUCCUCACAUGCAGAUUGAAGAAGGGUCUCGACCCCAAAUGUCACCUAUUCCUUUUUCCAGAGAUGCUGCCUGACCCGCUGUUACUCCAGCAUUUUGUGUCUAUCUUCGAUUUAAACCAGCAUCUGCAGUUCCUUCCUACACAUGAUUGCAAUCUAGUAUCUUUGAUUACAAUCAAGCCAUCCACAGUGUUACAGAUACAGGAUAUAGAGCAUAACGUUUAAUGCAAGGUAAAGUCCAAUUAAAUGUAGUCCGAGAGUCUCCAACGAAGCAGAUGGUUUCCGGAGUUGCAGCAAGGUAUACAGCGGUGGACAGCAAGGCGAAUCUGGACCUGGUGCAGGCAACGAGAGAGCACGCUUGCGGGGGUGGGAGUAACAGAAUGCGCCUGCGCGUCGCCGGACUUCUCGCCGCUGACAGGAGACGCGCGCACGCGCACUACCAGACCUGACGGCGCAACCGACCGUCAGGAGGGCUACGCAUGCGCAUUACCGCUUUGGAUGCCGGUCGCCAGGAGGGCUGCGCAUGUGCGUUGCCUGUCUCAACGUGAGCGCGGCCGGCAGUGAGCGGGGCCGCGCGUGCGCACAUCCACACUUGACGCCGCUGCCGGCAGCGCAGGACCAGGACGGGACCGGGACGGGACCGGAGUCUGACCCAGAGCAGCGGCGAUGAAGGGCGGCGGCAGCAGCAGGAGUGGCGGAGCGGUCGUGGUGGAGCAUCUGACGUUUACCGCCAACGCCGGCGACUCCGACCCUCGCUCCAGGGCGGUGUUAUUCGCAGGACAGCUGCCUAAUCUGCACAAACUUGCCUGGAGCCAAGUGAAAGGGAAACUGGAGCCCCGGGUGACCCAGGAGGUCUGGAAGACUGCAUUAAGAAUCUUGAAUCCAAAUCCAGUAGACACUUGCUCUCUUUGGCUCAAGCAUGCCUUUGUGGCAGCUCUCCCAGCCAAAGUCAGCCGCCACAACAGUCCGUCUUCAGCUCAAUUUCUCACACGACUGAUUUGCAAUUCUUUGUCUGGAAAAACUGACCAAUGCAUUGUGUUAGUCUGUGAAUAUGCAGAUGUCUUUGCCUUAGCAUGUGCACUAGCAAGGGCGUUUCCUUUGUUCACUCGACGCACUGGAUUGGACAAACGUGAAGACAAGCUCACAGUUACUGUACAGUUUAUUCUGGUGGGAGAAAAUAUUGAGCCACUUUGUGAAUCGACACUUGCAUGCCUGUCAAAUGCUGCUGAAGGCAUCCGAUUAGCAGCUCGGAUUGUGGAUAUGCCAUGCUGUGAGAUGAAUACAGAUGACUUCCUUGUGGAAAUCAACCUUGUUGGAUCUGAACUGGGCAUUAUUCCCACCAUUAUCCGUGGGGAGGAACUUAAUCACAAAGGAUUUGGAGGCAUCUAUGGAGUUGGAAAGGCUGCAAUGAAUCCUCCUGCUCUUGCAAUACUUAGUCAUACACCAGAAGAUGCUACGCAAACUAUAGCCUGGGUCGGCAAGGGUAUUGUUUAUGAUACUGGUGGUCUCAGCAUCAAAUCAAAGACACACAUGCCAGGGAUGAAGAGGGAUUGUGGAGGUGCUGCCGCUGUCCUUGGAGCCUUCCGAGCAGCAGUGAAACAAGGUUUUAAAGAAAACUUGCACGCAUUGUUCUGUCUGGCUGAGAAUGCAGUAGGGGCUAAAGCCACAAGACCCGAUGACAUUCACCGAUUAUAUUCUGGAAAGACUGUUGAGAUCAAUAAUACAGAUGCAGAGGGUCGUCUGGUUUUGGCUGAUGGAGUGUGCUAUGCUUGUAAAGAUCUCAAAGCAGAUAUCAUCUUAGACAUUGCUACUUUAACUGGAGCUCAGGGUAUUGUUGCUGGAAAGUACCACGCUGGAUUGCUCACCAAUAAUGAAGAAUGGGAACGAGCCUGUGUCAAAGCCGGACAGAACAGUGGAGAUCUUCUUUACCCAAUGGUUUAUUGUCCAGAACUCCAUUUCAGUGAAUUUACUUCAGCUGUGGCAGACAUGAAAAAUUUUGUGUCUGAUCGGGCCAAUGCUGCAAGUUCCCGUGCAGGCUUGUUCAUUCAAGCACAUAUUGGCUUUGAUUGGCCAGGAGUAUGGGUGCACAUUGACAUGGCUUCUACAGUUCACUCUGGAGCUCGGGCUACAGGCUAUGGGGUAGCACUACUAUUAGCAUUGUUUGGUCGUGCAACUGAUAAUGCAUUGUUGAAAAUCAUUUCACCAGUUGGUGUUAACUUUGCCACAGAAGCUGAUGACGCGAUGGAAAAUUGCUUGAAAAAGAGAAGACAUGAAUUUUGCUUGAAAUUGUGUUCAUUAUCUGUUGUACAGAACUGAGAAUGUUCCAUUACUGAGACUGUAGAAGGCAUCUGUGUUGAAUUGAGGGGUAUGCGGUAAAUAGUUUCACAGCUCCAAACUUAAUAUGGGCAAUUUGUCAGGCUGAAACAUUUAGAGUAAUUAGGUUGCAAUCGAUAUUUACAUUUUAAAUGGCCAUGUACAAAUCUUGACUUUAUUUCUGUACCUUAAAACAUACUUAAUUGGAGAAAGAUAUUAAUACUUAUUGCACAAUGUAUAUAUAAUUAUUUUACCACGCCUUUGAAUAAUAUUUGUUGUUUUAAAUAAGGUUGCUAUACACUGACAAAGUCCUUGAUCAUCUUCCUGGUGCUUGGUUUAUAGAUUAGAUGUAUAGCAGUGGUUUUUGGAAUUUGGCGCGAUAAGUGAUUUUCGAUGAGUCCACCAUCAAUAAUCUUCGCUGAUCUUAUCUUUUGUGUGUCGUCAUUUUGCCUGCUCUUUUGUGUGAAGCUGCCAGAGCUAAUUUUCAAUUCUCUGCCUCUUCUAAAGGCGGAUAUUUGUUUUAUAACUUGGCAAUCUUUGUCCCAUGGAACAAAUGAAUGGGAUAAUAAACUCAAAGAAUGUAACUUCAGAUCCUGUAGUUUUUCCAUCAUCCUUUUAUUUGGCAAAAAUGCUGGUUCAUCAGGUCAUUUUAUUCCAUGAUAUUGUGUGAAAUAGUCAUAGAGCACGGAAACAGGCCCUUCGACUGAACUCAACCUUUCUGACCAAGGCGUCCCAUCUAAGCUAGUCCCAUUUCCUGCAUUUGGCCCAUAUCCCUCCUAACUUUUCCUAGUUUGGCUCCUUGUCAUUCAACGAGUUCAAGGCUGAUCUUAUCUCGGCCACUUUUCUUUCUGUUCCUAUAAUUCCCUUCUGGAUUACAACUCUGUCUGAAUAUGUUCAAUGGUUUGGCCUCUGCUCUUUGGGAUGGCAAAUUCUAAAGAAUGAAAGAAGAAAUUAUUUCUCAGUUGCAUCUUACAUAAUUGAUCCUUCAUUCUAAAAUGAUGGCCACCAGAUCUUGACUCCAUGUGGGGGAAGUACUCUCACAACAUCUACCUUAGCAAGCUCUGCGGGAAUCAAAAACGGACAAUAAGAUCACCUUAUCUUCUUCUGAAAGAGUAUAGGCCCAACCUGCUCAAUCUUUGCUUGUAAAGCAAUGCAGUCAUAUGAGGAAUCAAUCUAUUGAAUCUUCGCAAGAUUAUAAAACAUACGAGUGAAUAUCCUCCUCAUCACCAUUCUAAAGGUACCUCCUUUUAUUCUAAGGAUGUGCCCUCUGGUUCUAGACCCUCUUUCUAUUGGAAACAUCCUCUUCACAUCCACUCCAUCGAGGCCUUUCAAUUCCCAAAACUGCAUCGAAUGCAAGUAUAACAAACCUUUGUUGUUCACUGUUUUAAUCUGGAGCUGGUGACUGUUGACCAGUGCUGGGGCUGGAGAAGGAGCACCACCUGUCAACUCUUGCAUGUGUCAGAUAACUGAGCUUUUACUGCAUAUUGGACCAGUUCUGCUGUCCUCCAGAAACCUACAGAGUCUAAGUACCUGUCACCUCACAGUAAUGAGUACAAAGGUAGUUUUAUUGACUGAGAAUGCCCUCUUUGGGUCCAGUAGCUGUUCCACAGAAAAUGAAGGGGUGCAGGAUUGCUGAGAGCUUCACUUGAAAGCAAUGGAAGUCCCACAACAUUCUUUGACUCCCGAGCAAUGCAGACUGUUAUUGAACUGCAUGAUAUCCUGGGGCCUAAUUCUGACUGCGUAAUUCAUAACUUAAUUCUGAGUAAUUCAUCUCCGUGCAGGAUAAUUCUGAAGUUGAGGCUUGAUUUUUCUUACUUACAUUGGAAAUCCCUCUUGAGGAAGUAUUCAGGUCAGCUAAGUGUGAAUGACAAGAAAGGAAGCUCAGGGGAGACCUGAUAGAAGUAUAUAAAAUUGUGAGAGGUUUGGAUAGAGCAGACAGGCAGAACUUAUUUUCCAGAGUGGAAAUGUCACAGGUAGAAGGCAUAGCUUUAAGGUGAGAGGGCCAAAAUUUAAAGGAGAUGUGCAAGGCAAGUGUUUUACAGAGUGCUUGGAACACAUGAUGGUGGAUGCAGAUAUACUGUAAUAGUGGCAUUUACGGUACAUGGAUCAUAUGAAGGCAGAGAAGAUUAGUUUAACCUGAUAUCAUGUUUGGCAUGGACAUUGUGGGCUGAAAAGCCUGAACCAACUUCUAUAUUCAUAUUCUCACCAUUUUGCAAUUUUUAAAAUCGCCUUUACCCAGAAUUUCCUUCCCUUUAAGAAGUAUCAUGUAUCUUAGCCUCAAGACAAAAUGCACUGACAGUGCCAUUAAAUACACAUUAUUUUGGGAGGAAGAAGACAAAUCUACUUGAAUAUAUAUUAUAAUUGAAUGAAAUCCUGGCUAUUGAGGGAGUGCAGCGUAGGUUUAGACGGUUAAUUCCCGGGAUGGCAGGACUGUCAUAUGCUGAGAGAAUGGAGCGGCUGGGCUUGUACACUCUGGAGUUUAGAAGGAUCAGAGGGGAUCUUAUUGAAAUAUAUGAUUGUUAAGGGUUUGGAUACGCUAGAGGCAGGAAACAUGUUGGGGGAGUCCAGAACCAGGGGCCACAGUUUAAGAAUAAGGGGUAAGCCAUUUAGAACGGAGACGAGGAAACACUCUUUCUCACAGGGAGUUGUGAGUCUGUGGAAUUCUCUGCCUCAGAGGGCGGUGGAGGCCGGUUCGCUGGAUACUUUCAAGAGAGAGCUAGAUAGGGCUCUUAAAGACAGCGGAGUCAGGGAAUAUGGGGAGAAGGCAAGAACGGGGUACUGAUUGUGGAUGAUCAGCCAUGAUCACAUUGAAUGACGGUGCUGGUUCGAAGGGCCAAAUGGCCUACUUCUGCACCUAUUGUCUAUUGAAAUGUGACCUUUAAGUGACACAUCUGAGUAUUUACUGAACUGAAAACUCAGAACAGAAUUUUGCUACGGAUUUAAUCCAAUAAUUUUUUGCAUGAAAACUCACAGAUCGGCGACGUAUUUAUCAUAAACUAAAACCAUAUUUUUUACUUUUAUGAAUGUAGUUUAGAAAUCACUGGCUGACUGCAAAUGGCAAAUCAAAUUAUUAAUAUGUUUUUACAUACUUGGCUAAUAAAUUAAUUACAAUUACAAUGUGCACAGUAAACUCCAUAAAAUUUAAGAUGUACUGUUUGGAAGUCAAAUCCUUUUUUAUAAAAUGAAUCAAAUUCUCUUUUUCUGUCAGAGCAAAAUGAAAUGCAUCUUUGAAAAUGGAAUCAUCAUAUGAGAACACUUUUUUUUAAUUAACUGUUUUAUCUGCAUAACGGAUAGUCUUGGCUCUACCUCCUAGAAGCUUAAAAUCAAAUGAUGUUACGAUUUGUCUUAACCAAGUUUAUAGCAUUUUUGUAUACUUUUAUGUAUUUGAAAGAAAUAAUGCAUAAAAUAAUUUUAUAAAUUUCAAAAUUCUCAUGUUGUUUCUAUGAAUCUGUAAUUACGUUCUACAGUAAUUGAAAAAUAGAACCAGUGGGCACAGCCUCAGAAUAAAAGGACAUAGCUUUAGAAUGGAGAUGUGGGGGACUUUCUUUAGCCAGAGGGUGGUAUAUCUGUGGAAUUCAUUGCCACAGGUGGCAGUGGAGACCAAGACAUUGGGUAUUUUUAAAGCGGAGAUGGUCUUAUUGAACUUUUUGUUUUUCUUUCUAUAUUGGUAUUUGUACCGUGUUUUCAGAUUCCAAAUAAUGAAAUGUGCUAAACUGUUGACUGUUACCAGAGUUGUAAAUAAUGGGGAUCUGCAUAAACUGCAGAUCUUUGGAAGUGUGAUGGAAUACUGCCCCAUUGCCUGGAUGAAUGGAGCUGUUACAAUGCUCCACAUGUUGAACACCAUCCAGGAAAAUGUAGCCUGCUUGACUGGUACCCCAUCCAUCAAGCAUUUAUUCCCUUCACCACUACUGCACUGCAUUUACUCAUCCAGGUUACCGUGUUGAUUUCCUUCGGUUUAUUACAGAUUAAUAUUCUGUUGACUGCAGGACUGAUUUUAAAAGAUUUUGAAAUAAGUGGCUUGAACAUAAUAAAGCUCAAAGCCUCUGAAGAAGCACCCCAACCCGAAAUGUCCCCUAUCCAUAUCCUCCAGAGAUGCUGUCUGACUCGCUGAGUUACUCCAGCACUUUGUGCUUUGCUUGAAAUUACAGCAUUUACAAUUGCUUGUUUCACAAAGUCUCAAAGUGUGUCUGUCUUUCAAUAACUGUGGAAAAAAGUCUCAUAUUGGGUGGUGCAGUGGGUAAAGCUGCUGCCUUACAGUGGCAGAGACUCAGGAUCGAUCCUGACUAUAGGUGCUGUCUGUUAAAUAUUUGUACGUUCUCCCUGUUGGUCCGGUUUUCUCCCACACUCCAAAUGCGUGCAGGUUUGUAGGUUAAUUGGCUAUGGUGAGUUGUAAAAUUGUCCUUGGUAGAUAGGAUAGUAUUAGUGUGUGGAGUUAGUGCAAACUCAGUGGGCCGAAGGGACUGUUUCCAUGCUGUAUCUCUAAAGUCUAAAUUAACUCGGCUAAACACCUUGUCAAAAGCAAACAUUAGGAGCAUGUGGUAUUUAUCAAGUGGUUUAGUCCAGAACUUGCAUUUUUCACUAUUGUUCAAAGUAACUUUGUCCAUCUAGCUUGCAACGAGGCCAGAAGAUUUUUCUUUUAGUGUGGAAUCUAUUAAUCAGGGUUAUUUAUAAUUAUUGCAGUUUUCACUGCAACUUUGUUUCAAGAUG